ACGGCCACCGUGAAUCUGACACGGCCACCGUGAAUCUGACACGGCCAUCAUCAUGAGCCUCGACCUUCAACCCCCGGAUUUCCGGAACUUGUUUUUAGUCCCCGGAACUAAAAAAGAAAGUGCUUUGCGUAGCUCCACCCCACCGCUCCCCAGCGCGCGUUUUCCACCCGGACGCCAUCGGAGGACGGUGCCCUCCGCCGCCCCCAGCCAAGCGCGCACCGCCGAGUGGGAGAUGGAGCCGCGUCUGCACCUCUGGGUUAGGGCUGUGUCUUGGAGCCUUCGGCACCGAAUAUUCAGACCCCUCGCGCCUCCGGCGGGGUGGGAGACGCAGAGACGAUGGGAGACGCGGGGACACGGAGGGGAGACGCGGGGACGCGGAGGGGAGACGCGGGGACACGGAGGGGAGACGCGGAGACACGGAGGGGAGACGCGGAGACACGGAGCGGAGACGCGGGGACACGGAGCGGAGCCGGGGUUGGAGCCGGGGUUGGAGCCGGGGUCGGGGGUGGCCCUGCUGGGCCACACGCCGGUGAUGGUGAGGGAGGUGCUGGACGCCCUACGCCCGGCAGAGGGGCAGGUGAUUCUGGACAUGACGUUUGGAGCAGGCGGGCACGCACGUGCCCUGAUCGGCAUGGGUGCUCAGGUGCUGGCUCUUGACAGGGAUCCCGGCUCCUUCGAGCUGGCUCGCCAUCUGGCUCAAUCGCACGGUGGUUCGCUCCGUCCCCUGCUGGGCCGCAUUUCGGAGCUGCCCAAGUUGCUGAGCUUGGCGGGGGUCGCCGCCGGCUCGCUGGACGGCGUCCUCAUCGACGCCGGCUGCUCCUCACUGCAGAUGGACGACGCCUCGCGCGGAUUCUCGCUCAGCCGCGACGGGCCCCUGGACAUGCGCAUGGGCGGGGAGCGCGAGCCCGAGAGUCCCACUGCCUACGAGGUCUUGCGUGGGCUCCCCGAGCCGGCGCUGGCCUCCGUGCUGCACGUGUGUGUGUGUGUGUGUCCCAGCGAGCCCGAGAGUCCCACUGCCUACGAGGUCUUGCGUGGGCUCCCCGAGCCGGCGCUGGCCUCCGUGCUCCGCCGCUACGGUGAGGAGCGGCACUCUCGCUCCAUCGCCCGGGCCGUAGCCGGGGCCCUCUCUGCCGGCCUGCCCAUCCGGACCACGCGGCAGCUGGCGAUGGUGGUGGCUGGUGCCGUGCCGCAGAGGGCCGUGACGUCGCAGAGGGACGCCCUGGGCCGCCGGGCCCACGUGGCCACGAGGACCUUCCAGGCGCUGCGAAUCUUCGUCAACGACGAGCUCAACGAGCUGCUGGCCGGGCUCGGAGCGGCUGCGGCCUACCUCAAGCCCGGAGGUCGGCUGGUGGCGAUUUCCUUCCACUCCCUGGAGGAUCGCAUCGUGAAGCGAUUCAUCAUGGACGUGCCCAUGACUGAGAAGCACAAUAUGGCCACUCGCCACAGGAUAUGGAAGAGCCGGAGGGACAGGCAGGGACGCUUCCUGUACGGCGAUGACGACGAGGUGCUGGAGGAGGAGGUGGAGGAGGUGACUGCGACGAGGACGACCAGGAGGAAGUUCCGGGCGUUGUCGUCGCCCGCCGUGGUGUACCCCGGCGAGGAGGAGCUCCGCGUUAACCCGCGCGCUCGAUCCGCCAAGCUCAGGGCGGCCGUGAAGCUGUGAAUGGAGACGCUGGCGAGGGUGGUGGCGGUGGUGGCUGUGGUGGUGGCUGCGGCUGCGGCUGCGGCGGCGUUGUUGUUGUUGUGUGUGUGUCGGUUGUGAAAAUUUUUAUGGAAAUAAACAGAAAUGUAAAUGAAA